CAGGGAGGCAAAGGGAUGGCAUGGUUGAGGCCACGCCGGUGGACAUGUACUGCAAGUGUGGGUGCAUGGAGGAGGCGUGGUGUGUGACUGCGUUCGCCGCCGUGAAGUUGUGCUGUGGAAUUCAGUGACCGGAGAGCUUGCAAUGAAUGGCCAUGGUGAGCGUGAACUUGAGUUGUUCCAGAGGAUGCUCGGAAAGGGUUUUGUGCAUAACCAGUCGUCUGUUGCGGCUUUGUGCACGUGCACCCACACAGUUCGUGUGAAUUAUGGGAGGAAAAAUUCUCUAGUCGAUGCAUAACCACCGAUUCGAGCCAGAGAGGGAGCACUAUGGGUGCCUAGCUGAUCCCCUUGGGCGUGCAGGACAAUGGCGUGGAGGAGGCUGAGACUCUGCUGUUGGAUAUGCCAAUGGAGCCAUGUGCAUCCCAGUGGGGUGCACUGAUGCCGUCAUGCCGGAUGCACAAUAAUAUUGCUGUAAUGCUGUUGGCGAACGUGUAGGGAAGUGGCUCAUUGAGCUAGAGACGCAACAUGGUGGGCGUUAUGCCUGCCUGUAUGCAGUCAAUGGUCGAUGGAAAGAUGCAAGAGCCAUUCCGCAGAAGAUGGUGAAGGGAGCCAACAAUGAAGCAGGUUUGAGCUUAAUAGAGUGAAAUGGUUGGUUCCAUGAGUUGCUUACACCCCGGAAAAUGCAGAUCUAUGCACUGUCGGAAGAUACUAAUAUCUCCUACUGGUGUAAGUGCUUGUGAGUGUGCAAGAGAAAAAAAAGAAAAGAAGGAUCUGCCUCGAGCCCUCAACGUCUGACAGCAGUGCCUUCUCUGUCAACUGGCUAUCUACGGCGGCUUCAUGUCCUCCGGCGGCAAGAAUGCAAGCUAGCCACAUGAACCCCAUCACACUUCUUCUGCACAUGUUAGUGUUUGUUCUUCUGUAGCGACUGCUGGUGCUGUUCAACUGCAACUUAUUGUUGCCAUAACAAGAACCUGAAGGAGAGGACAGCCAGGGUCUGACAGGCAUGAAGGCAAAGCAAGCACGGUGUACAUGGCAGUUGGACAUGCCUACACUUGUGAGCUACCGUAUUUAUUUGGCUGUAUGAAGAUGAGGUUGAGGAGAGUUGGCAUAAAUCCUUCCCCAAAGGGCACAGAUCAACACAAGAGGAUAGAUACAUGGGUGCUACUGCUUUCUUGUACAUCCUGCUGUCCCUCUGGGUUCAGGGCGCAGCUGCCAUUCUUGGCUUCACAAGAAGCGAUUUUCCCCAGGACUUCGUAUUUGGAUCUGGAACCUCAGCAUAUCAAUAUGAGGGUGCUGUUGCUGAGGAUGGCAGGAGGCCAAGCUAUUGGGACACUUUCACUCAUGCAGGUAAAAUGCCAGACCAAAGCAUAGGAGAUGUUACUGCAGAUGGGUACCAUAAAUACAAGGAGGAUAUCAAGCUCAUAUCUGAGACAGGUCUAGAGGCCUAUAGGUUCUCCAUCUCCUGGUCAAGGCUCAUUCCAAAUGGGCGUGGAGCUGUCAAUCCAAAAGGGUUACAAUUGUACAAUAACAUCAUAGAUGAGCUUGUGAAACAUGGUAUUCAAAUACACAUCACACUUCACCAUCUAGAUCUCCCUCAAAUUCUUGAAGACGAGUAUGGUGGAUGGUUAAGCCCCAGAAUUAUCGAAGAUUUCACGGCAUAUGCGGAUGUUUGCUUCAGGGAGUUUGGAGGCAGAGUCACUUACUGGACUACAGUGAACGAGCCAAACAUUGGUGCAGUUGCCGCUUACGGCAGUGGUCAAUUACCACCUGGUCGAUGCUCAGAUCCAUUUGGAAUAACAAAGUGCACAGCUGGGAACUCCAGCACUGAACCAUACAUAGCAGUUCGUACUUACUUAUUGGCGCAUGCAUCAGUUGCCAGACUGUACAGAGAAAAGUAUCAAGCUGUGCAAAAAGGACUUGUGGGCAUAAAUAUCUACUCCUUCUGGAGUUACCCAUUCACAGAUUCCACCGCGGAUUUAGAAGCAACUCAAAGAUGCAAGGACUUCAUGUUUGGCUGGAUACUAGAGCCUUUGGUGUUUGGGGACUACCCAGAAAUGAUGAAGAAAAAUGUUGGCUCUCGUCUUCCAUCGUUCACAAAAGUCCAAUCUGAACUUAUCAAGGGUUCUUUUGAUUUUAUCGGAAUAAAUCACUACUAUUCUCUUUAUGUGAGUGACCGCCAGACAGAACCAGGUAUCCGAGACUACAACAGGGACAUGUCAAUUUAUUACAGAGCUUCUAGGACAGAACCGCCAGCUGGGCAGGGAGCCCCAACAAAUGUUCCAAGUGAUCCCAAAGGGUUGCAACUUGUCCUCGAGUACCUGAAGGAAGCCUAUGGGAUAACUCAACUUUAUGUCCACGAGAAUGGUGUGGGGUCAGCCAACGAUAGCCUUGAUGAUACUUACAGGGUCGAUUACCUGCGCAGCUACAUGGGAAGCACACUAGAUGCAAUAAGGAAUGGGGUUAAUGUGAGGGGUUAUUUCGCCUGGGCACUCAUGGACCUAUUCGAGCUCCUGGCAGGAUACGAGUCCAAGUACGGCCUGUACCGCGUGGAUUUUGAUGACGAAAGGAGGCCACGGCAAGCCAGGCUCUCUGCUCGCUGGUACUCCGCCUUCCUGAAAAAGAAUGGAUCCUCUAUUCGAGUAUCAAGGGCGCAGGAGGACCUAAGGUUGACGACCGUCUUCUAAGUUUGGUGCUCGGGCGUCACAUGUAUGUAUGCACGCACCUGUCGAAGUUUAACAAAAGGCCACUCUAUUGAGCAGCAGAUUCUUCAACUUUAUUUUCUGAAAAUAAAGGGGCGUGAGAGGAAGAACUGGCAGCCAGACGGCCCGGGAAGAAGUAUGUUUAGCUGACUUGUGGGUUGUUUUGUCACAACAAGGGUGACUUCCCUGCUAUUUGUAGGAAUUGCAAGUCAAACAUUACAAGUGGAAGUUGAUGGCGACGAAAACAACCUAAGGAACUAACCGAGGAUGAAAAACACAAGUUUAGUUCCCUUUUUUAAACUCAUGAAAAUUGGAAAGUUAGUUGGUUAUGGCUGUUAUAUGUUCUGGAUCAGAUAAAUUUUGAAAGAAGAAGUCUUCUUUCGAUCCUUGAACUGGUGCCGUCUUGGUCUUGGUCAUAUUAGUUUUGAAAGGAACAUGUUUUCUUUUGACC